UGUCGGAGCAGCCCAGGAGCGCACAUAGAGGAUAAUCGCAGGUGGUGAGAGGGUUACAAUCUGCCGACAAGCCGCGACAGGGGCAGGUGUCGGAUUGCAUCUGACCAAACAUUGAGGUUCAUCAGACAAUCGUCUCUCGUGGAUCUAGUUUUUCUUUUUUCUUUCCACCUCCCUCACCCUGGAUGAUCCACAAUGCGGUCCUCAGCUUGGUUCGUCGCCAGUUGCGCUCUCAUCCUCUGCGCGCUCCGCCUGAUUGACGGGGCCAAAGGACAGCGGCAGUGUGGUGAGACAGACUACUACUACGAGUACACCGAGUGUGACAGUACAGGAUCUCGGUGGAGAGUGGCCAUCCCACACAGAACCGGGGCCUGCACUGGACUACCAGAGCCCGUUCGUGGCACAGAGUGCACCUUCUCCUGCGAGGCUGGGGAGUUCCUGGAGAUGUCGGCUCAGGAGUGCACAAAGUGUGCCGCGGGGAGCUACUCCCUCGGCAGCGGUAUCCGCUUCGACCAGUGGGAUUCCAUGCCGACUGGAUUCAGUAGCCUGGCAACCUCGCUGGAAAACAGCCCCCACGGAGAUGACAAGCUCACCUGCAACAGUUCUUCCUGGGUGCCUCAAGGAAACUACCUGGAGUCCAACAGGGACGAAUGCACCGUCUCACUCAUCUACGCUGUGCAUCUGAAGAAACAGGGAUCCGUCAGCUUUGAGUACCAGUAUCCAGACAGCAACUUGCUGUUUGAAUUCUUUAUCCAGAAUGACCAGUGUCAGGAGAUGGACCAGUCGACUGCUACAAAGUGGCUCAAGCUCACCAAUCACGGCGAAUGGGCAACCCACACGGUGAACCUGAAAUCUGGCACCAACAUCCUCUACUGGAGGACAGGAGGGGUCUUGAUGGGUACCAAAGUGGUGAAGCCUGUUUUGCUGAAAAACUUCCAAAUAGAAGGAGUUGCCUAUACGUCGGUGUGUUUUCCGUGUAAGCCAGGGACAUUCAGUCGAGUCCCGGGCUCCUCUUCUUGUGAGCCCUGCCCUCGGGACACCUACUCUGGCCAUGGUGCCAGCUCCUGCACUUCCUGUAAAACCACCACUCAGUACGCAGCCGAGGCAUCAGCUGUGUGUAAGGACAGACCUCCAUGUUCCAAGAAGGACUAUUUUCAGAUCCACACAGCAUGUGACCACGAAGGCAAGACGCAGGUCAUUUAUAAGUGGAUUGAGCCUAAGAUCUGUCUGGAGCGUGCGACGGGAGCUGAGAUGUUGCCUCAGAGUGGAGAACGAGAGCCCUGCCCCCCUUGUAACCCUGGUUUCUAUACCAAUGACACAGCCACCUGCUCACCCUGCCCGCCUGGGACCUACUCUGACGGGCUGGAACCAUGUAAGCAGUGUCCAGCAGGCACUGAGCCCACCUUGGGUUAUGAGUAUAAAUGGUGGAAUGUUCUCCCUGCAAACAUGAAGACGUCCUGUUUUAACGUGGGCAACUCCAAAUGUGACACUAUGAAUGGUUGGGAAGUGGCAGGCGAUCACAUCCAGAGUGGGGCAGGGAGCUCCGAUAACGAUUACCUCAUCCUCAACAUCCAUGUUCCUGGCUUCAAGCUCCCUACUUCAAUAUCGAGCCACUCGGGGACAGAAUUUGGUCGCAUCACUUUUGAAUUUGAAACCUUGUGCGCAGCCGAUUGUGAGCUCUACUUCAUGAUGGACGUAAACAGGAAGAGCACCACCGUGGUGGAGUCGUGGGAGAGAAGCAAACCAAGACAGACUUACACGCACGUCAUGACAAAGAACGCCUCGGUUUCCUACACGUGGGCUUUCCAGAGGACUAACCAGCCUUCAGAUGUACGUCGUAACGUCAACGACAUGGCGCGAAUCUACUCCAUCUCGGUGAGUAACGCUGUGGACGGGGUGUCCUCUGGGUGUCGGGCUUGUGCACUCAGCACCCAACCGUCCAGCUCUACCUGUGUGCCUUGCCCACCUGGACAUUACAUAGACACGCACACCAGCCAAUGCACAGAGUGUCCACGCAACACAUACCUCGUGUCUCACGUCACACCGGGUCCGGAUGCCUGCAAACCCUGUGGACCAGCCAGCAAAAGUGACAAGGACCACAGUUUAUGUUACAGCGACUGUCACUUCAACCACACAGAGGGAAACGUCACACUGACCUUUGACUUCGGCCUCCUGGGCUCUGUAGGAUCACUGAUGAAUGGUCCGAGCUUUACCUCCAAAGGAACUAAGUACUACCACCAUUUCAAUAUCAGCCUGUGUGGUGGACAGGGUCAGCUGGCGGUGUGCACGGACAAUGUAACAGACCUAUCCAGCACCGACUACCAGAGAGAGAAAGGCGAAGGAGCGAAUGCUGUCAAGACCUUCAUGUGUCAGUCAACAAUAAUCCCAGCUGGUGGACGAGGAUUCCACACAGCAAUCUCCUCACAGUCUAUUGUUCUGGCUGACACGUUCCUUGGGGCGACAGUAGACGAUACACUUGAUGGAAUAAGGGCUAGACCAGAACUGUACCCCCACACCUCGAAGAAAGUCCCUGACGUUAACUUCUACUACAGGUCCUUGGAUGCAACCUCAUCUUGUGAGUCAGGUCGGAGUUCAGUGGUUACACUUCGCUGUAACCCAGAGAGGAGCAUGAAAGGAGAGCUCUCAGUUCCCAGUCAGUGCCCCGCCGGAACAUGUGACGGAUGCACCUUUCAUUUCUUAUGGGAGAGCUCGGGGGCUUGUCCCACAUGCACAGAGAGAGAUUACCAUCGGAUAGAAGGAGUCUGCAAGGGAGGACACCAGGAUCUACUGUAUGUGUGGACUGAACCCAAGCUGUGUAUGGGAGGUGUGAGCUUGCCUGAAAAGGAAACGUUGAAGUGUGAGGGUAUGGAGUUCUGGAUACGGCUCGGUGCAGGGCUGGGAGCCUUCACUGCAGUGCUGCUCGUCUCCCUCACCUGCUACUUCUGGAAGAAGAACAAACGGCUGGAGUACAAGUACUCGCGGUUGGUGAUGUCUGCCAAUAAGGAGUGUGACAUGCCAGGAGCCGACAGCUGUGCGAUGAUGGAGGGAGAGAACGAGGGAGACAUGGAGGAUGAAGUUGUCUACACAAAGCCCUCUCUGCUUGGCAAACUCAAAGCCAUAGCAUCCAAGGGGAACGGUGAGAAGUAUGAAAAUGUGCAGCUGAACUCAUCUCAUUCCAAAGCGUUGGUGUGGAGCUAGGAGUGCGUUGAAUGGAGUGGGAGUGAGGGGCGAGACCAGACCCUCAAGAGACUUUCCACGGAUGGACCCUUUAAUCAACCUCCCCCUUUAUGAGCUUCGAUACCUGGAAUACCAACUGUGUGUAAAUAUACACACACACUCCCGCACACACACCUGGCACAUGGAGCCAGGUUCAGAGGAGUCCCACUAACAUGCUGGCCUUAAAGCUUGGUACGACAGAGCCGUCCAACACGGAGCUUGUAACUGUGAAGCAGGUGUGUGUGAUGGACGCUUCCUGGUCACUGAUGUCAGAGAGGCUGUGAGAAGAGCUCAGGGUAAGACGAAGUACCAUUUGAGAUGUUCUGUUUCGGUUUAUUUCAGUCUGUGUAGUAUCUCACAUUUCUUUAGACAGCCAAGGUGCAUUUUUUUCCCCCCAUUCAGAAUCACCAUGGUUAGUGUGUGUAUGUGUGUGCAUCUCCCAUAGACAGUUACACAGACUGAUGUAUUUUGGCCGAUAAAAGCCUAUAUCUUCUCAGUUGCUCUGACUCGUUUUUUCCUUUGUUGAAGUCACUGCAUUGAGAUCUGCUGACCAAUUGAAAUUAAGAUGUCAUGGGCGGAUGAGGUUGUGGUGUUGACUGUCAACGUGUGUCUAAUAAACAAUGAUGUAUUUGCAUAAUAAA